AAAAUUACUAUUUAUUCUCUCUAUCAUCUGUUCAUAUCAUCAUGGAUAUAUACUACAUACGAUCGAAUUGCACACUCUCAAGAACAACAAGUGUGUUAAAUAAUGUUGAGUAUAUUUACACAGUUGAGUUGCACAGCAAAACGUAUUCGCGAGGACAAUAGAAUUGAACAAACAGCACCAGAUCCUAUAGGUUCUCAGAGGGUAUAUAAAAAAACAUCAUCAAAUCAACUCCUCACAUUAUAUUUAGGAAGCAGGGAAUUAAUAUCCAGAGGAGGUAUUGUAGAGCCAUUGAAGGGUGUUAUUUAUAUUGACUCAAAAAUUUUUAGUGGCUACAAAAUAUAUGGUCAAAUAACAUUAACGUUCAGAUAUGGUCGCGAAGAUGAAGAAGUAAUGGGAUUAAAGUUUUGCAAUGAAGCUGUUAUUUCUUUGAAACAGUUGUGGCCUAAAAUAUCAGCUGAAGUAAACCGGGACGAAAAUACACCUCUCCAAGAUGCCCUGUUGGAACGUUUAGGAAAGAAUGCAAUAGGAUUCUCGAUAGAAAUCAAUACUGUAGCUCCUCCAAGUGUUCAAUUGUUGCCAGCAAAGCGAUAUUUGGGUGCUCCAAUCGGUACCAGUUAUGAUAUACGUAUUUUCACUGAUAUUGAUGGAGUUUUUUCUGUGGAACAAACAGAUGAAAUAAUACAUCGUCGUUCAACCGUUCGACUGGGUAUUAGACUAACACACAAAAUUUGCCCUGAAACAAAUAUUUUAGCACCAGAACAUGCUCAGAACAACCCUACACCGCGCUCAUUACGUCUACGUUUAUCACCAAAAUCAUUCAAACUAUCAAAACAAAGCUGUAGCUUAGAUGGAACCACUUCAACCAAUUCAGAAAUCGACCGGGCAGCAAAAAAUGAUAAAUUGAAUAAAGGCCCAGAAAGAAUUGUAGAAAAACCAUUUUUAUGGACUGAAGGCCGAUUAUAUUUAAAAGCAACAUUAAACAAAUAUGCAUUUACUCAUGGAGAAGAUAUUGCUGUAACGAUUGAUGUGAAAAAUGAAAGCAAAAAAAUAAUUAGAAAAAUUAAGGUAUAUGCAGUUCAACAUGUGGAUGUGUGUAUGUUUAGUAACGGAAAAUUCAAAAAUAUUGUUGCAUUAUUAGAAGUGGAAAAAUAUAUAGGAUCAAAUGAAGAAUUUCAUGGAACCUAUAACCUUUUGCCAGUACGAGGAACUACUAAAAAUUGGAUCGCAGUUGAAGGUGCACUGUUUAACACAAGUUGCACUCAUGAUACUAAUUUAAUUGCUUUGAGUUCGAAACUUGCAUCAAGUGCUCCGCGAGAUCUACAGUCAUCAGGAGAAAAAAAUGUAUUCGCCAUUUAUGUAUCAUAUUAUGUUAAAGUAAAACUUACAUUAGGCGGUAUUGGUGGUGAGGUGUCUUUAAAAUUGCCCUUUGUUUUGGGUGACAUAGAAUCAAAUUUAAGUUCUACAAAUAAUAAAACAAAAAUGUUUACUACCACAACAAAAUCCAAAGAUUGUAUUUACAACAAUGUCGAAAUGAAGCUUAAAGACGUAUAUGUUGAUGUUCAUAAAAAUGUUUUUGACCAUGAUAUUAUUCAAAUUGCAAAUGAAUCAACAAAUAAUAAGUCUGAAAGAUUUACAAAAAUUGAAACAAGCGAUUCUGCAGAAAUUGCAUCAGAAGAUCUCAAAAAUACCACAGUGUAUAAUAAUUGUGAUAAUUAUGUUAAAACUCGUUCUGACUCGAGUAAGUCUUAUUUAGAUAAUUUAGUUGAUAACAGUAAAACAACAUCAGAAUCAAACAGUAAUAAUGUAAUACAAGCGCAAAUACAUUUCGAGGAAAAAAAAGAACCAAAAACUGUUUAA